GCGUCUCUCCGCGGCGCCUGCGCGGCCCGGUCCCGAGCCGGGCGGCGAGCACCGCCGGGGCCGAGACUCGCGGUCCUUCCGCGUACUGACGCCCCCGAGGACCCCGGCGCGCAGGUGCCGACGCCAGCCUUAAAAAGAAAAUCUUGGCCCAGCCCCAAAGCCACGCGGCCGUGGGACUCCUGACCCCGUCCUGACUGGGCCAGACCCCACGCCGAACCGCCCAGCCCCCUCUGAUCCCACCGCGGCCGGGCCUGGAACCCAGCCCCAGCCACCAGAGCCUGGGCCCAUGUCCCCGCUCUCCUGGCCAUGCACGGGAAGCUGCUGGCGCUCGCCAGCCUCUACCUGGUGCAGGGCCUGCCCUAUGGGCUGCAGUCUGGCUUGCUGCCGGUGCUGCUGCGGGCUCGCGGCCUGUCCCUGACACACGUGGGACUGGCCAAAGUGCUGUAUGCACCGUGGUUGUUCAAGCUCGUGUGGGCCCCGCUGGUGGACGCUCGGGGCUCUCCGAGGGCCUGGCUGACGCUCAGCACAGCAGCUCUUGGCCUCUUGUGUGGGUUGCUGGCAGCUCUGCCUCCUGCUGAAGCUGGCCAGUCUGGGCUGCCUCUUACUGUGGCAGGGCUACUUCUGCUACUGAACUUGGCUGCAGCUGUACAGGAUGUGGCCUUGGACACACUGGCGGUGCAGCUCCUGGAGCCGGCAGAGCUGGGGCCGGGCAACACGGUGCAGGUGGUGGCUUACAAGCUGGGGGCGGUGCUGGCUGGGGGUGGACUGCUGACCCUCCUGCCCACCCUCUCCUGGCCCCUGCUCUUUCUGCUCCUGGCUGCCACCUAUUGGCUGGCUGCUGCCCUGGCUUGGGCUGCACCGGCCCUGCAACAGCUUCCUGCACCUCAGCCAUCAGAACCCCGCCGACACACGCUGCACCUUCAGCAGCACUUGCUGGCCGUGCCUGGGACCCUGUGGAUGGCAGGUUUUGUGCUCUCCUACAAGCUGGGUGAGCAGGGCACCAGCAGCCUGUUCCCACUCCUCCUGUUGGACUGCGGCGUCUCUACCCCAGAGCUGGGGCUGUGGAAUGGCGUGGGCGCCGUGGUCUGUUCCAUUGUGGGCUCAUCUCUGGGUGGCGCCCUGCUGGCCAGGCACCGGCAGCCACUGCCCCUGUUGAGGUCACUGCUUCGGUUCCGUCUUGGGGGCCUGGCCUGCCAGACUGUCUUGGUUUUUCAUCUGGAUGCCCCUGGGGCCAGGUUGGGCCCUGGCACAGUCCUGAGAGGGGCAGCCUUGCUGAGCCUGUGUCUGCAGCACUUCCUGGGAGGCCUGGUCACAACCACCACCUUCACCCUGAUGAUGCGCUGCAGCCAGUUGGCACCCAGUGCCCUGCAGGCCACACACUACAGCCUCCUGGCCACUCUGGAGCUGCUGGGGAAGCUGCUGGUGGGUGCGCUGGCCGGAGCCCUGGCUGACAGCCUGGGGCUGCGCUUCUGCUUCUCCCUCUUCCUCGCUCUCUCAGCCACACCCGUGCUGUGCCUAGGCCUUGCACCCAGCACGCUGGCCUGAGCCGGGGGGCUGGCCUUGUCAAUAAAGCGGAGUGGACCCGA